AUGACGUCGUGGCAGGGUGGAGGCUGGGCCGAGGAAGGUCCCUGCGCUGGCAGUCGACAGCUUCCGUUUUGCGAGGUGCGCGACGAAUCAGAGUGGCUCAGGAACCAGGCCGCUAGAGGGAGGGUCCGGUCUGUUGCCCAGCACACUGCGGGCUGGGCCUUGACGACCUUACGCCAACAGGGGUGCGCCGGUACAGUGCGCGAUCCUACCAACAUACCGCCAUGUGGAGCCCGGCAGUGGCUCGGUGGUGUCGUCAUGGCCCACGAUGCGCUGUCCAACCAGGCGGGAAACAACCAACACCCCAGCUCCAUCCAUCCAGUGCCCACGAGCUAG